UUAUGAUAAACGAUUGGAAGAUUGCAAGCGGAGAAAGUAAUUUUUUACGGUUACGUGAAUCAUACACCAGUUGUUCGUCGAAAGUCCUAGAAGAAAGACGCGUUGCUUGUUUCAGACCAAGAAGGGUAGGCUUUUACUUGCAAGAGUAUGCAUACCAACAAAUCUAAGAAUUUUUUAUGUUCUAUGUACUCCGCAGUUUCGCAUAAUCAAGUGCCACUCGAGCUGCAAGAGAUGUGCAAAGUUAUUUCCACAUCUAUUGGUAGUUUAGACGAUUUGGAAUCUAGUUUAGAUGGAUUUAGAGUUUGUUUGACAUCACCUCUUGUUACUCAAAUCAUGGAUUCUUGCAAACACGAGGCUCCAACUAGAAGACUGUUAAGAUUUUUUCUGUGGUCGAAUAAAAGACUGGUUUCUGAAAUGAAAAAUGAAGAUUUUAAUCAUGCAAUUCGAGUUUUGGCAGAGAAGAAGGAUCAUACAGCAAUGCAAAUUUUAAUUUCAGAUUUAAGGAAGGACGGUCGUGUGAUGGAGGCACAAACUUUUGGUCUUAUAGCUGAGACAUUGGUUAAACUAGGUAGAGAAGAUGAGGCAUUGGGUAUAUACAAGAACUUGGACAAGUUCAAGUGCCCUCGAGAUAGUAAAACUGUCACUGCCAUUGUCAGUGCUCUUUGUGCCGAAGGUCACGCUAAGAAAGCAUAUGGGGUGUUUUGGCAUCACAAGGAUUUGUUAUCAGAGGUCAAGCCUUGCAUUUAUAGAAGUCUUUUAUAUGGGUGGUCAAUGCUGGAGAAUGUGAAGGAAGCACGAAAGAUUAUCAAAGAGAUGAAGGGGGAUGGGAUAAUGCCGGAUCUGUUUUGUUUUAAUACAUUUCUCAAGUGCCUAUGUGAGAGAAAUCUCAAACGCAAUCCAUCAGGACUUGUGCCUGAAGCUUUGAAUGUGAUGAUGGAAAUGAGAUCUUACAGGAUAGAACCAAACUCAAUUAGUUAUAAUAUUUUGCUUUCUUGUCUUGGCAGGGCAAGAAGAGUCCAGGAAUCUUGUAGGAUGCUUGAGCUAAUGAAAAAAUCAAAUUGUGCUCCUGACUGGGUUAGCUAUUAUCUUGUUGUAAAAGUAUUGUAUUUGACUGGGAGAUUUGGUAAAGGGAUUAAGAUAGUGGAUGAGAUGAUUGUAGCGGGCUUGGUCCCGGAUCAUAAAUUUUACUAUGACUUAAUUGGUGUUCUUUGUGGAGUUGAGAGGGUGAAUUUUGCUCUCGAGUUGUUUGAGAGAAUGAAGAGAAGCACAAUAGGUGGUUAUGGGCCAGUAUAUGAUGUGCUGAUACCUAAACUUUGUACAGAGGGGAACUUCGAGAAGGGUAAAGAGCUAUGGGAUGAGGCCAUGGCCAUGGAUGUCACUCUUUGCUGCUCAAUUGAUGUGCUGGAUCCCUCAAUCACCAAGAUUUUCAAGCCAACAAGGAAGGUGGAGGAAGAGGUCAGGCUUCAGAAUUGCAUCACAGCCAACAUUCCUAAGACUCAAGCACAAGUUAGCAAAACUAGGAGAAACGUAAACAAGAAAAUGGAAAGUAAGAAGAGACAGAAGAAAUCUGCUUCAAGAUAACUGGUAACUUAUAAUGCUUUAUUCCAGCUGCGACACUUUUUCCAUGUUCUUAACUUCAGUCAUUAAAAGAGUAAAUUAUUUCCUGCAUCAUUUUUCAGACUAAUUUCAUAAUACAUGUAAACACACGUGUCAAGCAAUCUGUCAAAUUUUAGACGAGGUUGGUUCAUAUUGUCCCUAUUAAUUCACUUAACUGUUUAUUUCUUGAUGU